AGUCAGAUGCAUGAUGGAUUGUUGUCAUUUAAUCUAUUCAUUCUUUAAUGAAUUCAACCUUACAUCACGGAUCUCUGGUGGGUGCGCGCGCGUCCCCAGCCCAGACACCCGCGCGCCUGUCCUCCAGACGGCGGCGGCGACGACGAAGCGAAGGCGGCCUGGCCUGCCUGACUGGGAUGCACGCGGGACGCCGACGUCAGAGCGACAAGCGAACAACUCAGCUCGGCCGGGCCACGUAGCGCCAGCGGGGCGGCUCAGGUCGCCGGUGGGCUCCCGUCUCGGUUUAUCUCGGGACAGCAGCUUCUUCUUCACUCCCUCCCACGGUUGAAGAAGCGCAUGAGACCCUGAUCGUGAACUACCGUGCCUGCAUGGGCUCCGGGAGGAGGUCGUAGAGGUGAUGCUCUGUUCAUGGCCCCAGAUGGCAGAAAGACGUGAGGUGUUCCUUUCUUCGACCUUACCUGCUCUGCCCUUCACAGGAAGUGAACUUAAGCUUCGUCAACUGCUAUUUUAAAGUUUAUGGAGGCGCGUCCCUGACAGGUUGUACCCCUUUCCGUUGUAGUUUCCAUCCCUGGAUGACAUGGACGCGUUGUUUGAAUCCGGUUGACUGUCUCAUACACCUCAUCCCCUCCUUCCUCUUGAGGGAAGGUGGGGGUUCGGUGCACCUUACCCCUCUUUGCGGAGCCACUUCAGCUUCGUAACCUUUCAUGAAAUCCUGCCAAAGCCUCAAGCAGGAGGUCUCUGCCCCGUGCCUGGGCGGGAUGUCACAGGAAGAGGGCCGCAGGCCGCAGGUGUCACAGUCCUACUACCGCCCCCACAUGCCAGAGGUGGACCUGACGGGAAAGCUCUACAAGAGGGAGGCGGCUGGCAAGCCCUACUCUGUACUGGUGGACAACAAAAUGGCGAGCAAGACGGCGGCUGACGGCGCUCAGCAGUAUUUCCGCGAGGGUGCGGCAGGACGAGACAUACGCACGCAGGAGGAUGAGGACACUUCAGAGGAGACCGAAGAUGACGACGAAGAGGAGGACGGACAGGAGGAGGGUUUUAAGCGUGAGCAGAUCAUAGUGGAGGUAAAUCUCAACAAUCAGACCCUCCACGUUUCCAAGGGCGACAACAAAGGCGAUGCAGCCGGAGACGACUUGGAAAGAGGUUGCAGCGAGGAUGAUGAAGAUGGGGAAGAGGUUGAAGACGAGAGCCCCUACGACGAUGUGUACGAGGAUGAGGAGAUUGAAAGACGAAGAACGAGGUCAAAAAGGGCCCACAGAAGUGCGAGUUGCGCUUCCGGCCAGCCACAGAGGAAGAGUCUCCGAACGCCUCUAAACUCGCCGUCCUCGGGAAUGACCACCAGGGGGCGACGGAAGCACCCCGAGACAGCAAAGAUCCAACGGCGUUCUGCCCGUUCCACUCCGCCGGUGUCCGCGGGCGUCAUGGUCCCGAGCGGCAAGGCUGAGGGGGAGAAGGAGAUGCUGGCGUGCGAAAAGUGCCCUCGCGUGUUCAACACACGCUGGUACCUGGAGAAGCACAUGAACGUAACGCACAGGAGGAUGCAGAUCUGUGACAAGUGUGGCAAGAAGUUUGUCCUGGAGAGCGAGCUGGCCUUGCACCAGCAGACCGAUUGCGAGAAGAACAUCCAGUGCGUCUCCUGUAACAAAUCCUUCAAGAAGCUAUGGUCGCUACACGAGCACAUCAAGAUUGUGCACGGCUACGCCGAGAAGAAGUUCUCGUGCGAGAUCUGCGAGAAAAAGUUCUACACCAUGGCCCAUGUCCGCAAGCACAUGGUUGCACACACCAAGGACAUGCCGUUCACCUGCGAGACCUGCGGCAAGUCCUUCAAGCGCAGCAUGUCCCUCAAGGUGCACUCAUUGCAGCAUUCUGGAGAAAAGCCCUUCCGUUGCGAGAACUGCGACGAGCGCUUCCAGUACAAGUACCAGCUGCGCUCACACAUGAGCAUCCACAUUGGACACAAGCAGUUCAUGUGCCAGUGGUGCGGCAAAGACUUCAACAUGAAGCAGUAUUUUGACGAGCACAUGAAAACGCAUACAGGAGAGAAACCGUUCAUUUGCGAGAUUUGCGGCAAGAGCUUCACCAGCCGGCCCAACAUGAAGCGCCACCGCCGCACGCACACGGGCGAGAAGCCGUACCCGUGCGAGGUAUGCGGCCAGCGCUUCCGCUUCUCCAACAUGCUCAAGGCGCACAAGGAGAAAUGCUUCCGGGUCACCAGCCCGUUGGUGCUGCAGCCCGGCGGCCCGCCCGUGCCGGUCGGCCUCUUCGCCAACACUUUCUCCACCUCCCCCUCUUCGUCGUCUUCUGGUCCCGGGCCUUCAGCGGCCACCUCGCCAGCCGUCACCAGCGCGACCACCCAGGGGAUCCACUCACCCGGGGUGGCCUUACCCCUGCGAGGCCCUUUGGGACACGCCUUCCCCCACGUGCAGCUCCACACGGCCUCCUCGCACCAACACUCCCAACCGCACCUUUCAAACGCCCACCACCACCACCACCUGGCAGUGCCCCCGGUCUCCCACCUGCCCCCUCCGCCGGCCCUUUUCAAAAGUGAGCCUCUCAACCACUGUGGGCAUGAAGAUAGCACUUACAUGCAUCACAUGGCUUCUGCUGAAAAGGGUCCCGGAGCCUCUCAACAUCACUGAAUUGUGAACCACAACCCGCGGGCGCUGCCUCAGUCACUCAAACCGUCACUAACUUCUUGGAUUCAGUGGGCCACCUUUUUUUUUUUUGUAAGCAAAACCCAGUCCUUCGUUUACGCACACCAUCUGGCACUGCCGAGUUAAGUUACGUUUUCACUGAGCAAGUCCUUAAACUUUUUUUUUUUUAAUCGAUUGUAAAAAAAAAAAAAAAUCUACAAUAUCCCGCACUGCCACUCUGUCAGCACCCUUUUGUAGGGGUACCAGUUAGGAAUGUGCCAUAUAUUCGGUCAUGGGCAAAUUAUUGUCUGAAAACUGUCAUUGAAGCAACACAGCCAAGACGGGAUGUUUGCAUUGUAGGAUUUGAUUCAGAAGAAUUUGGGGGCGGUGGUUCUUGGUGCAUCACCUCGUCUUGUCCGACCCGGGUGAAAUGUGCGCAACAACAAUGGUGUCUUUUUGAAGAUUCCCCAAUGCAAACACGUGUAGCAUUAACACAGAGCAGUCCGCUGUUUCUUAUCGCUUCCUCUGGCCAGAGGUUGAGCUGCUGUGUGAUUGGUUCUCAAACCAUAUGUGAAGUUACAGUGCAAGGCUGAUACACUUCCCAACCUUCACGUUUUAGUCCAUGAGGCGAAUCAGUUGGCCUCGGUAGUGUACUGAAAGAUUGUUUAAAAAAGAA